AUGACGCAGUCGAUCGCGGUUGCUAUUCUGGGACUAGUGCCCGCACCUGCCGCCAACACCGCUGGUCGGGCAAGACGGAUCCACCAGUCGAUCAACAUGGAAAGUCCUCACGAACAUCAGCAGAACGUUCUGCUCUCCCGAAUAAUUACCAAUGUGGAGAAACUGAACGAGGCCGUCAUGAUGUUGAACAAGAGCCUGCAGGAAAUCAAUAUUAACAAUAUGGAUGUCGAGCUUGUCGCCCAAAUGUUCAAAAACUACCAGUCGAAUGUGCUCUUCCAUUUGGAAGCAACGGACAAUCUCCGUGAGGCAUCCUGA